UUUAGGCUAUGUUCAGAUGAAAGGGUGGCGACGCACUAUGGGACCAAACAGUAUUUUCCGUCUCAAAAAUGGUUGAGACAAAGGUCGCGUAACUGAAACUGUUUUGAUUGUUUUACAUUCACUAAUAAUAGAACUUUCCGAAAGCAAAGGAAAAAAAAAAUAAAAAAAAUGUUAUACUUGGAAAAAAUUACGUUCAAACUGAAUACUGUGAAAAUUUCAUAUUAACUAGACUACUCGUUGUAGAAGUUCAACUUAAGAUACAUUAUAUGUCCUUCAAGGAAAUAUAUUAGUAUUAUACAUUUUUGGAUUGCUAAAGAUCUCUUGUUUACGAUUCCGUUAUGAUUUUUUGACAUAUAUUUUUGUCUGUUUUUUUAUUAAAUUUUUAAACGUCAUAAGGAAAUUUUACGUCUUUCUAAUUUUCAAGUGGAGGUUUUGUUGUUAUCGGUGGCUGCCGGUGUUGAGUUAAUGACAUUUUAAGAUACCUUACUUAUUCAGUGUUACAGGGAAAUAAAAAAAACCUGCGUCAUUACUGCGCCAUUUCGAGCUGGAAGCCGAAAUAUCAACUAAGACAUUUUUUCUCAUGAUAUUUUUUUUUUGCGGUGAACGUCUUAACCACAGGUAUGAUAAAAAUCAUGUAGCAUAGUUUCUUAUCUUUUGUGGUAAUUACAAUCAGUAUUGGUGUGAGAACUAUUCCUAUCAAUUUUCUCAUUGGUUUUGCACUAGUUACUACAACUAGGGUCCUAUAAAUACUCGAGUUUUCAGCAUGUUCAUCAAUGUGUCCGAUUGUGUCCGGAUAUUUUCUUUGUGUGACUAACUGCAAAAUAAUAAAAUUAAAAAUGAGUGAAUUCGUUUGUUUUCGACGCGAUAUAUGUGCUCAGAUAAUAAGCGGAAAAAGUACUUCAGAUAUUGAAAAAUAUUUGUUGGACAAUUUCCAUUUAUCAACAACAGAUGUGAAAACGGUUAUGCAAAGUAUCCAAAAAAAUUUGAUUACGACUUGUAACCAAAAAUGGGCGAAAGCUCAAAGAAAACAAGAUCGCUUCGAAAGCCAAAACACAAAUUGGUUAGAUGGUGAGUUUAAAGUUCCAUUAAAUUCGUGCAGUACUUCAACAUCUGAAAAUUCUGACUUGAAUACAUCUGGUGAACCUGGUAGACCAACAAAACCGUAUGACGCAUGUUCGGAGAGUACGAAAAAACGUAAAAACAUGGAAUUACUCCAGGAGUACGGAAUGGGGCAUGUUCAUUACGCUUACGUACAAGGCCUGCGGUCAAUGGGUGAAAAUAAUGAAGCUUCGAUUGUGAGUAUUAUAAGGAAUACAGAAAAGGAGGAGAAAAAAGUCAUUCUUCAAAAUAUUUUACGAAGUUCAGAUAGUGUACCUUCUUAUACUAAAGAAGAAGCAUUAUGUAUAUAUAUUGAGACUGAUCUAUCCAAAGCUCAAUAUUCCUACUUGAGGCUUAGACUUGUUGAGAAGAACCUUUUUUCUGUAUUGCCAUCAUACCAAAUAUUGGCUGAAGCAAAAAAAGACUGCUAUCCUCUUGCGUCAAGCAUAUCCGUCACGAAUAUCAGUGCCAAAGUGAACCUUCAAGAUCUCUUAGACCACACUGCCUGUCGUAUUUUAAAGAUAAACACGGUUUCUAAAAAUUGCACCCGGCUGAAACUAUACAGCAAAUGGGGUUGUGACGGAUCUUCAGGACAAAGUGAAUAUAAACAAGUUUUACCUGAAGAGAAUGAACAAAUAUCGGAUGCUAAUAUGUUUAUAGUUUCACUUGUACCAUUGAGACUAGUGGAUGAAGAAAGUAAAGAAGUCAUAUGGCAAAAUCCAACAUGUUCUUCAGUAAGAUAUUGCAGACCCAUUUCUUUGGAAUUAGCAAAAGAGACUCCUGAAAAAACUACCACUGUUGUAAGUGAUCUUGAAGCAAAAAUUAAUGAAUUAACUCCAACUCGAACGCCCGCAGCAAUAGAAGGUAAUAUUAUAGAAGUAAAACAUGAGCUGUUUAUGACGAUGAUCGAUGGGAAAGUUUCUCAAGUGUUAACGCAGACUCCAUCUAGUUCUUCGUGUACUGUUUGUGGAGCAACUCCUAGACAGAUGAACGAUUUAACAAAAGUAACUGCGAGAAUUGAGAAUGAAGACGCGUUUAAAUAUGGACUGUCUACCUUACAUGCGUGGAUAAGAUGUAUGGAAAUGAUUCUGCAUAUUUCUUAUAAUCUAGGUUUUCAAAAGUGGUCUGCAACGACUCCAGAGAACAAGAAGAUCAAAGAAGAAAAAAAGAAGUACGUGCAAACUCGUUUCCGGGAAUUGCUUGGUUUACACAUUGAUAAACCUCGUCAAGGUUCUGGAAAUAGCAAUGACGGUAAUACGGCAAGGAGAUUUUUCCAAAACUAUCAAUGUUCUGCAGAAAUUACUGGUAUCGAUGAAGAGUUGAUCAAGAGAUUAUAUAUCAUUCUGCAAACCAUGUCAUCGGGAUUUUCUGUAAACGCAGUUAAGUUUGGUGACUAUGCGCUGAGGACUGCACAGUUAUACGUGAGUAAAUAUAACUGGUACUAUAUGCCAUCUUCAGUCCACAAAAUUCUUAUACAUGGUGCCAAAAUAAUAGAACAUUUUGCAGUUUUACCAAUAGGCCAAUUAUCGGAAGAUGCUCAAGAAGCUCGUAAUAAAGACUAUAAGAAAUAUCGGUUAAAUCACGCUAGAAAGUGUUCCAGGUCAGCCACAAUGGAAGACGUUCUGCACAUAUUGUUGUAUACUUCUGACCCCUAUAUAUCCAGCUUAAAUAGAACCAGUACUAUGAUACCAAAAGAACUACUUAACGAAGCUAAAGAGCUUUUAAUAUUGGCAAGUGAUGAGUAGAUUCAUGUUUUUUUUUUUAGUUUAAAAUUAUGUCAUAUUUUUUUAUUAACUAAUUAAUAAUUUUAUUGUAAUGCAAGUAAGCAAAUAAUUCAUUUAAGCGUUUAAGUUAAUUUUUGUAUGGAAAAUUUUAAAAAUUUAUAUUUGAUUAUUUUUUUUCGUAAUAAAUCUAUUGUUUAAAGUUGUAAUGUUUUAUUUAUCCAAUAGCAUAACUAUUCAGGCAUACGUAUACAAAAGGACAUUGCCACCCGUUGGGCCCCUUAUUUGUGAUAGAGUGUCAAGAAUAUUUUAUUAUUAAAAAUCAAGUCCUAAUUUUAUAAAACUAACUAUUUUUUUUCAGAAUUUCUUGUACCCUAGCAUUGAAAAACAUAAUUAAUAUUUAUUUUAUUGAAUCUAAGCUAGUUCCGCCAUUAAAACUUAACGUGAAUGUUGCCAGGUAGACGACAGACUAUCUCAUUUAAAUGAACGAGGUGAUCGAUUGAAAAUAUCGAUAUAAUAUAUAGCAUUUUUCUCUUAUAUCAAAAUGUACAAGUAUAUAUAUUAAGUAUGCACUCGUAAAUAGUAAACAAGAAAAGAAGAAAGAAAAACUGUUUAUAACUGUUGCACAAACAAUAAAAUAUCAACACUAACAAAAGUCACCACUGAACUAUAUCUAUAAAACGGUUACACCUAACACCAUACAUGGAAUACAACAAUAACACAAUAAUUAGUAAAUGAUAUUAUUUAUAACAAAUCGAUUUAGAAAAUCGAUUAACAAAAUAUUUAACAUGGUAACAUCUACUCGGAACGCGAGUCUAUCUAUCAAAUCAAUACGUCAUUCAAAUUGUUUUCGUGCCGGUUGUUAUGCGUAGAGUUGAAUUUAUUCCUCCGUAUUUGCUUCUGAUAGUUACAAUUUGCGUAAAAACUGUCGAGCUAAUCGUUUUCGUGCCUCCAGUGGUUUUUUUUUAGAUAUUGGACUCUUUUCUUAAUGAUAAGUGAGCACAUUGACUCGUGAGCAUUGGACUCUUGUUUUUAGUGAUAUUGUUGUUUUACUCCGGAAAAAUGUCUGCACCUGGUAGAAGUCGAGUAAACUACUCUUUGUCUCGCCAGUGUGUUAAUUUCUCUUUACGUAUAGGGCCUAAUCUUCGUAGACGUUAAAUUGAAGAAAUAGAUGAACCAAUGCUUAUCCUUCUAAACACCUACAUUGGUAAGUUUGUUUUAUUAUGUUUGUGGAUUUCACACGUCUCUAAACUACCUUACAUUUUAUUUUGUCAUUUUUUCCAGAUAUCUUCUGAUGAUAUCCUGUGUGUGAAAUGUUUUGUAUUAUUACAAAACCAGACAGCAUCUAACUCAAAUCUGUCACUUGUAUCCCCUGCUCGUGGACACCUAAAUAUAUGCUACGCACGUGGCUUGUCAACAGCAAGUCGCAGAACUCAUAGAGUCAGUCAAGAUAGUUCCUCAAAGGAAUGUUAUACUAAGAUGGACACCAGUACAUCACGUGUUGCAUUUGGAACGAGUUUGUGUUCCUUGUUGGGCGGCUGCAUCAAGACAAGUCCGGAGGCAACCCGUUGCUGGCAGUAGCCAACACACUGUGGAGUCUGCACCGGAGACUGGUAUCAUGGAUGGAAACAUAAUUACAGAUAUGAUGAUUCCUGUACCACCACCACUGCCACCGCUUUAAUGAUAUAAGCGCUCCAGCACAAUUUCUAGACAACAUAUUCCUUGAAGAAUAAAUGUCUAUUAUUUUAA